CCCUCUCUAUCACCCCAGCCCCAUCCCUCUUCUCCCCAGCCCUCUCUCCAGCCCCAGCUCCGUCCUCCCCUGGUGCUGCUCCAUGGGUUUGGGGGUGGUGUGGGUCUGUGGGCCCAGAACCUGGACUCUCUGUGUGGCAGUGGAGCCGUGUAUGCCCUGGAUCUGCUGGGUUUCGGACAGAGCAGCCGGCCCCUAUUCAGCGUGGACCCCCAGGGGGCAGAGGAGCAGUUCCUAGGGGCCUUGGAUGAGUGGAGAGACAGGAUGGGCCUGGAGGAGAUAGUCCUAAUGGGACACAACCUGGGAGGAUAUCUGGCUGCUGCUUAUACACUCAUACACCCACACAGGGUAAAGCAGUUGAUCCUGGUGGAGCCCUGGGGGUUCCCGGCCCGUCCAGAGAGCCUAGAUCAGGAGAAGUCAAUCCCAGUGUGGAUCAGAGCCAUGGGGGCUGUCAUGAGUCCCUUCAACCCCCUGGCUGGACUUAGACUGGCCGGACCACUGGGUCCUAUGUUGAUCCAGACCAUCAGGUCAGAUUUUAAACAGAAGUACUCUUCAGUGUUCGAUGACAACACUGUAUCAGACUACAUCUACCAUCUUAACGCACAGACACCCAGUGGUGAAACAGCGUUUAGGAACAUGACAGUACCAUAUGGUUGGGCUAAGAGACCGAUGUUAGAUCGUAUUGGUCAGAUCCGACCAGACAUUCCCAUAUCCAUCAUCUACGGGUCCCGAUCCAGUAUCGACAGCGACUCGGGAUACACUGUCCGGAAAAUCAGACCAGAUGUGGACAUCAUCGUGAUAAGGGGAGGAGGUCACUAUGUGUUUGCUGACCAGCCAGACGACUUCAAUCAGAACGUUCUUCACAUCCUAGCCAGGAUGGAGGGAGAGAAGGAGAAGAGGAGUGGUGUGGAUGAGAAGGAAGGGAAAUGAGGAGAAGAUUGAGGGUUGAGUAAAGAGUGGCAGAUGAGAUGGGGAGAAGAGACAGUAAAGGAGGGGGGAGAAGGAGAGAGACGUGGAGGAGUUGUGACAAGAAUCACUUAUUGGCUCUGAGGAGAAGGAGGACCAUUGUUACGUUCAGACUUUGAACACACACUUUCCUCACUGAGGACAUACUAGGGCUAGGCUGAUAUGGGAUGGUUAGAUAAUCAUAUUGGUCUAGGUUGAUAUGGGAUGGCUAGAUAAUGAUCUAUGCUGACAUAAUCUGCCACUGGCCCAUGUUGACUCCAAUGUUUCCCACAGUUGUGUCAAGUUGGCUGGAUGUCCUUUGGGUGGUGGACCAU